AUGGCUUUUGGUGGUGGUGGGUUUGCGAUAAGCUAUCCUUUGGCUGUGGCUUUGGAGAAAAUGCAAGAUAGGUGUAUUCAAAGGUAUCCUGGUUUGUAUGGCUCUGAUGAUAGGAUUCAAGCUUGUAUGGCUGAGCUUGGUGUUCCUCUUACUAAGGAAAAAGGCUUUCAUCAGUUUGAUGUAUAUGGGAAUCUCUUUGGGCUUCUUGCAGCCCAUCCCAUUGCGCCAUUGGUAUCUCUCCACCACUUAGACGUAGUCGAGCCCAUCUUUCCGAAUGCUAGCCGGAUCCAAGCCCUAAAGCGUCUUACUGAGCCCAUGAAUUUGGACCCGGCCGGACUCAUCCAACAAUCCAUUUGCUACGACAAGUCACGUAAUUGGACCAUAUCCGUGUCAUGGGGCUACGCGGUUCAAAUUUUCCGUGGCAUUUUCUCGGCUAGAGAGAUGGAGAUGCCAGCAAGGACUUUCCUAAAUUGGUAUAAGCGAGCCGAUUACACUGCCUAUCCGUUUAACACGCGCCCCGUCAUCCGAAAUGUUUGUCAGAAACCGUUUAUCUAUUACUUGUCUAAUGCAAUACAAGACGAGGAUACAAAUGAGACUGCUAGUCGAUAUGUUCGGGUUCAAACGAAUCUGAAUUGCAAGUAG